AUGUACGUCUGUGAGCUUUGCGGUAUUUCGUUUAAAACAGAACAGGAAAGUUAUGAACAUGAUAUUAGUGAAAAACACCACAAAAAGUUUGAGGAAAAUGAAUUCAAUUAUGGACGGCAACCGUCUCACUUUUGUUCUAUAUGCCAUUGUGGAAACAUACAGGGCCUGAAGUGCUGGAUCAACCACACUAAGAGCUCUCGUCACCAAAUGAAUUUGAAAUAUUUCUAUGAAUUUUAUGGAAUUAAUCCCCAGACAGUGUUGUUACAAGAACCACUUCAGUCUGCCCGCGAACCUAAAACAUGCCAGAAAUCUGACGCAGUCAGCAAUGGUCUUCGUACACGCAAUGGGAAACGUUCAUCUGAUACCUUCCAAUCAUCACAUAACAAGUGUAAUCGAAAUAUUUCUUCCACUCAAUUAUCUAAGAAACCAAGAAUUUCAAAUACUUCUGGUCAUGAAGGUGGGAUGAUGCUAAACAUUUUAGAAACUAUUGAUAAAGAUUCAGUAAAUACACGUAAACAUCAAAGUGUAUCAAAGCGGUUAACUAAUGAGCUACGCUGUAAAAAAUCUGAACGGGAGAAUUAUUCCCCUGUUUACCCUAAAAUAGUUACGUGCCCAUCAACUUCUCCAAAACCAAUUACAAUUCAGCCUGUAAGCCAAAACACAAAGAAAUGUGGAGAACUCCAGUGUAUGGAGAAAGCUUUAUUAAUUUCUCAAGAACUUCAAUCACUUAAAAUCAAACAAGAUGAACUGGAGGAAAAAUUACAGACUGUUGAAACUGAGUUAAAUUUGGUCAAAGCUAAAAGGCGUGAGUUGAAACAGGAACGAUCCAAUCUACUGCGAGGACUUAAUCAUUCGGACUCUGAUAUUGAGAGUCACACAAACACUUCUCGUUCUGAGCCAACGGAUAUACGACAAAAUGUCUCCUUACCGAUUCAAAAAUCGCAUGUAAAAGUUGUUGCUUCUAUAGCUCCUUUGGAUACACCUGAUGUUGAAACAUCCCAUCCUACUCAUUUUAUGCCCAAUCCAAAAGAAAGAAAUAAACAGCAAAUUGGUAUACCUUCAAGUUUAUCGUCCGAUGUAACAAGCAAUCAACAAGCAGAAUUAAAGCAGUCUAAAAAUGCUUUCACAUCCUCGCCAUCAAUCCCUGAAACUACUUCAAACGUUCCUAAAGCCUCCUGUGUUCCUCAAAGUCAUAUCUCUGCAGCUUCACAAAAAACAAUAUCUGAUCCAUUUAAUCCAAUACCUACCAGUUCAAAUUCUAAUGGUGUUGAUUUAGAGCGUCUAGCUUUAAUACGUCAAGCUCUUCAGUCACCAAACAGCUGGCAGUUCACUUUUGAUGAAGUUGAUCAAAUGUUAAAGCAAGCAGCAGCUAAGGCUUCCACUAAAGCAGUUAAUCAAAAUGUUGGAUCGUUAGGACACCCAUCCCAAACAAGACCUACUGCAGACUUACCAAUGACAGUCGAAGAUAAAAUCACAUCUCCACCGAUAAAAGGUGAGCCAGUCAUUUACCCAACAGCAAAGAUUACAGAGCAAUCAAUAGAUUCAAGUGAAAAAAGUCACACUGUGACAUCCAAUUCAUCUAAAACUACCGGCCCUCAAAGCUUACUACUCGAACCCCCUGUUCUUCGCAUUUCACCUCCAAAACAAGUGAAUAAAUCAUAUAUCUCCUCUUCCUGUUCGACAUCAUCAUCAUCAUCUGAUGAUGAUGACGGUAGUCAUGAAAAAGCGUGUAAUGACAAGAAAAUUUCAUUUCCUUUUAGAGCUAAAGUUGAAACUGACACGAGUUACCCUCUUUUGAAAUCGGAAUCCAAAUCUACGUGCGCAUUAUCCGAUAAGGGUAAUAUUAAAAUAGGUGAAUUUCAUGCUUUUGGUGGCUGCGCUACUGCUGUGAUUGAUAUGGCUAUAAACCCGGUUACAAAUGUGGCUUAUAUUGGAGGACAGAACGGUACUAUUGUCGAAUGUGACCUUAAAACUCACCACUGUAUAUCUAAACUCCCACCUCGAGAUGCUAGCAUUACGAAAUUGUGCUUAGAUCCUAAUGGUGAAUCCAUUUAUGUUGGCUAUUAUGACCAUUAUUUUGGUGAAUACAACUUACAGACCAGUUUGCUGGUACAUAAAAAUACUUUUUCUAGUCGUAUCGCGGCACUAGCAGUUGCCCCAUCACCUGAAGUUCCAUUUAUAUUUUUGGGCCUCUUUAAUGGUGACAUAUUGCGUUAUAAUCCUGGGACACAUGCAAUCGGUUUUCUAUGCCGACACACAACUGAUUGCUACCAAUCUGAUUUUGCAAGUGAUAAAACGAAAAAUUGCUUAAAACAGCAAGCACAAACUUCGGACUCAAAUGAAUCGGCUGGUAUCACUUCACUGUGUCUUGUUCAAUCAGGAACCUCUUUACUAUUAAUUGUUGCUGGUUUAGACCGAUCUAUUUCUAUCCGCUCAGCCAGCGAUGGUACAUUAGUGUGUUGCAUCCAAAGUUCUGUCCAAAAGGGACCGCCACAAGAUAUAUCAUGUUUACCCAAAGGCUCAUUUUUCUCAUCCUAUUCUGAUCGUUCCAUUCGCAUUUAUAAUUGGAAGACUGGAUCUUCCGAAUUAACUUUCCAUGUUCAUAAAAUAUCUAGUUCUUGUGUAAUGCAACGCUAUAUUGCUGUAGGUGAUUCAGAAGGCGCAGUUCGUGUUUACAGAUUUCAAUCAAAUGGAUUGCCUGUUACACGACCAGUAAAAGUUUACUUCAUAUCUACUCGAGGAGCAGUUACUUCACUUGCAUCUGUGGGAGACACUCUAAUCGCAGGUAGUUUAGAUGGAUCUGUUACUGUUAUCGUAGUCAAUGAACCAGCUUCAAAUUACGUUUGUUUGUACGGAAGAAAAUAUGGAGAAAACUGUGGUAUCGGCUUCAUGGAUCGUCGUGACCUUAUUAAUCAUGUGCUUAAUGAACACCUUAAAUUUGAAAGUAAUAAAACAGUAAUGUGUGGAUGGAGUUCGGGUCGUUGCAGGGUUCGAUUCACUGAAACACAAACUAUGAAGUCCAUAAGCGAUCAUCUGUUGACUCACAUACCAGACUAA